CUCCGCCGAUCGUUGCAGCAGUAGAUUGGCGGUAGCGCCAGUAGAACGGUGUGGUAGUCGGCAACAGCAGCCGUCGUCGUCGUCGUCGUCGUCCUCGUCGUCGAUCGUGUAGCCCGUCGUUCGCGUUCAUCGACAUCGCGGCGUCGUAACGUCGUGGCAAUUUACUUUAUUUUCUUUCCCCCCUUUUUUUUUUACGUCCUACAGUUUCUCGUGGGAGACUACGUCUCUCUCUCUCUCUCUCUCUCUCUCUCUCGCUUGCUCGCGCGCGCGCGUGUACUCGUCUCGUCGGCCGGCACACAUUGUACGUUUUUCAUUCCCUCUCUCUCUCUCUCUCUCUCUCUCUCUCUCUCUCUCGUUCUCUUUACGGACUGUGGAAGCAAGCGGACAAGGAUAGAAGGAUACGGAUAGAGAAAGACGGAGACGCGUAUACAGCUGGAUUUUAACGUCUGCCAAGAGGAGUCAGGCUUACUCGGAAUACACUGCACAUCUCGGCAACGGUGAGUGAACUCUUUCUUCAAUGGCAAGCCGAGGUGUAGCAGCAUGGUAUGAUACAAGCGAGCCUGAAGAUUCUCCCCCCAAAAAAAUGAUGAAGCCUCAUAUCCUGACGUACCUGUCCCUCCUCCUCAUCCUGCCUCUAGUGCUGGGAUAUAACUUGCAAGAGGACGAUCUGGUCUUUGACGACAUCGGCGAGGAAAGUAGCAGCACUCCCUCGAUCGAGAGGCACAUCGCCGAUCGUAGUAGAAACGUAGUGGAACAGGAUCGAAGAUUGACGAAAGAUACAAAGAGACAUCAUCGAGUCGAGAGAUUAUGGGAUAUACCGGAUGUCGUCGUUCCAGUCGGUCACAUUUUCAAAUUAAGGAUCACGAGACAAGCUUUCGGUGGUAGCGUAGAACGUUACGAGAUACACGAGGCAAAUGGACAGAGCCUGUCCCGUUGGUUGUACUGGGACGAUGCCGCUUCCACUCUUCUUGGUGUCCCAUCGAAGAAGGAUGCCGGUAAUCAUCAUUUAAUCGUCAAGGCUAUCGGGAAACACGGCGACAACGCCAAAGACGCUUUCGUCGUGCAGGUAGUUCCGGAGAAACGCGAGGAGGUCAAGCAUAAAGACGGCAAGAGUCACUGUAAGGAAGGAGAGGACCAGACGCUGCUAACGAUCUUUCUGGAUGUCAAGUUCGAGAAUCUCACGCCGUCCGUUAAAGUAAACGCGAUCGAGAAUCUUGCUGGAUUUUUGGGUCUCCACGCGAGUGCAUUCUCUAUGCACCCGCAAAGCGCUAAGGAAACUUUGAAUCCCGAUUCUCUGGUUAUAUUUACCGGCCCUGGGAAUGUUAAAUAUCGUACCGAGAGGCAUCUGACGGCUAUCCAAUGGCAGGUUGGAUGCGACGGUCACUUAUGGAGGCACCAAACGAAUUUGGUCAAACAGCUGCGAGAUCAGGCGAAAGAUGGGACACUAGCGGAGGUUCUUCAACUUCCUGUACUAUCGUGGCGCGUAAAGACUGACUCGAGCUUUCUAUCCAGAAGCCGUAGAGAAGCCGGAUCUGGCGAUUUCGACGCCGACGAUUACGAGGGUUACGAUUAUGACGACGAUGAAUAUGGCGAGGACGAGGACGGUGGCGAUGAUAACGAAGCGAUCACGGAACCACCGUUGCAACCGUCUUUCGUGCCUAACGUAAACUCGAGAGAAAACACCGAAUGGUUGGAACAUCCGCAUAGGCAUCAUCAUGGAGAAGAAACAUUGGAUUUGGGCCAGCAGAACGAAGAGGUUGACGAACGAGAAAUCGUACCAUCCAUAGAUCCACGUAACGCUGAGUCAAACGCCGCUAACGCCUCGUUCAAUGGUUCAAUAUUGACCACAACAACCACCCAAUUUACACCGUCAUCAUCAUCAUCAUCAUCAUCAUCAUCAACUACAACCACUACAACCAUGCCAACUACGACAACUUCAACCACAACGACUCAAGCUACGACAAUGCCCACGAGUACUACUCCUACUACUACUACUACUACUACUACUACUACUACUCCUACUACUACUACUAUUACUACUACUACUACUACUACUACUAGUACUACUACAAGUAGCAUUACUACGACAAGCACAAUAGCAGAUACAACACCAGCUACCACUUCGACCACCGUUGUUCCGUCAACAGAACCUACAAAGGUGGAUAUUAUGGUGGAAGAGAGGGAAGAUAAUACUCAACGCGUGGACAUGGAAUCUGUUACUCUGUUACCCACAAUUUCUCCCGAAAUCACAACCACUCUACCAUCGAUUACUACGCUUCAAUUUAGCACAACAGCUGCUUCGACCAGCGCUACGGGAAGAGCAGAAACAGAACCUACCACUGUUUUUGCUAACGUUACGUACGAAGAGGCGACAUAUGGAAUGACUGUACCUGUAACGCGCCAACCUACAACGAGCACCCCUAUUGCGUCGUCUACUAUCGUUGGGAGUACAAGUGCCCCUACGACUAUUCCGCCCACGCAAACUCCUACGCUAUCUACAUUUAACACGAAAUCGGAGAUACAUACGGCCACGUCUACCGUUGGUGUUACUAUCAUUAGUAGUACUACUGUCCCUAGUACUACGGCGGCUCAAUCUACUACGAUCGUUACGAUUCCACCGUCGCAAGCUACGACGGAAAAUAUUGAAAUUCCGAUUAGCAAUUUGCCACCCAAAAAGGAUAGAAGAUUGAAGAAACUUCGUGUGAUAGCUGGCAAACCGUUAAGUUACGUUAUACCUGCUGACACCUUCAGCGAUCCCGAGGAUGGUGAUACGAGAAAUUUAAAAUUGGUUCUAUACUUGCAAGGUGUACCGAUUAAAACGACCAAUUGGCUUCAAUUCAAUCCUCGUACGCAAGAAGUCUACGGAUUACCCCUCGAAAAUGAUAUUUCUACUUGGAAUUACGAAUUGGUGGCCACGGAUAGCGGUGGGCUAAACGUCUCUGACAUAUUGGACGUUCACGUUCAACAGCACAGAUUGAGUCGCAUCGUCAAUCAUGAAUUUAGUAUUUAUCUAAAAAUAGAUAAGCGCAAUCUUUUCCCGACCGAUAUUGAUUGGGAAUUACAGGUUAUUGGAAGUUUGGCCGAACUAUACGGCGACGCAGAUCCGUAUUAUAUUACAGUACGGGCUAUCGACAUCGAUCACGAUCAAGCUAUUUUCACUUGGAUGAACGACACCUUCCCUCGUAGUAGCGAAUGUCCCAAGGAUCACAUAAAUGAACUAUUACGCAUUUUGAUCGAUAAGGACGGUGAUCCUAGUCCUUUAUUGAGAGGAGCUUUGGCACCUGAAUUAAGAGUGAAGCGUGUCGUCUUCCAAGGGAUCGGACAGUGCGAGGAUAUGAAUCGUCAAUCGGUAAUACCUAAAGCUCAUACCGAAGAGCCCAAAGUAAAUUUCCCUCCUGUUCCAAGGAAUCAAGUGGAUCACGUAAAUGCCACCGUUGGGGAGUUGCUUGUAUUCAAAGUCCCAGAGGACACGUUCUUCGAUUCAGAAGACGGAUCCUCUCGCAAUAUGAAAAUGUCUCUUUUGACGAUCGAACGUACCCCUAUUCCGCCCGACGAAUGGUUACAGUUCGAUAAUAAAAAUCAAGAAUUUUAUGGCGUACCUCUGCAAAAUGACGUAGGUCGAAAGGAAUAUCAAUUGGUCGUGACAGAUAGAGAGGGCGCAAGCGCCACGGACGGUUUAGUGGUCGUUGUACAUCCGGCUCCGCCCAUGACGCAUACGGUUGAGUUUUCGAUGACCCUGGAUAUACCCUACGAAUCGUUCGCUCAUUCAGCCAUGCAAAAACGCAAUUUUGUAGAAAAAUUGCGUGACUUGUAUCACGACCGUGACACGAGCGCCAUUUCAUUGCGCAGCAUUUCGAACGGCAGUACUGUCAUCACGUGGCACAACAGAACAUUACCAACGGCUUAUUGUGCCCACGAAGAAGUUAACAGAUUACGGGCGGUAUUGGUUAAGAGCGACAACGACAGACGAUCUGUUACCGACGAGGUUUUGGACGUGAUGGGCCUGAAGUUCCCAGUUAAGCAAAUCACUGUAAUCCCAAUGGGAAUAUGUCGCGGUGAAUUGACGGGCGUCCAUUCUCCGGACAGUCACGUGCCACCCGUCGACGAUUCCACCUCGAUCGGUGCAUUCCACGAUGAUUAUCUAAUAACCUUCGUACUGCCCGCCAUUAUAAUAGCGGCCAUGCUCAUUCUCGCCGGCGUCAUCGCGUGCAUACUUUACAAACGUAGACGCAGCGGGAAAAUGAGCGUUAGCGAGCAGGACGACGAGCGACAGAGCUUCCGUAGCAAGGGAAUACCCGUGAUAUUUCAGGACGAGCUCGAUGAAAAACCAGACCCAGGCAAUAAGUCGCCCGUUAUUCUGAAGGAAGAGAAACCACCGCUUCCACCUCCUGAAUAUCAAAAGACCGAGGACGGCGCGGACGUGCCAAUGUUGCCGAAAGAAAAUUCCGAGGAGCCUUACCAACCGCCGCCACCGUUUGCGACGAAUCGCGAUACAAAUCGACAAAAUCGUCCGAAGCCAACGCCGACGUACAGAAAACCGCCCCCAUACGUGCCUCCCUAACAAAAUGCAGUGCACUCGCCUACGCGCAAAUACAUGCUAGCUAUGCUCGGAGAUGCAUCACCGAUACACGUGCAAAAGCAAAAGGAUUCUUAUAAGAAAUCUCAGUUCGGCGGAAACGUUGAAAAUUACGGGGCCCUAAGCGUUUACAGCGAUCACUGAACUUUUUAUUUCCUUGCACGGAGUAUCACAUAACGAACCGAAUAUGAUUUCUCUUACAGGGAAAUCUAUAAUUGCACGUUUUUUACUUAUUAUGUUCCUUUUUUUUUCUUUUUUUUUUUUUUUUUUUUUUUUUUUUUUUCUUUUUUUUCUUUUCUUUUUUUUUUUACAACGGACGAAUAUGGAUUGAAAAUAAGUUGGCCGCGUACGUUUGCGAGAAUGUUGCGUAAUGAACAACCUAUCAUAACUUUUUAUUAACGUAUUUCAUUUCAUUGAUUCUUAA